UGUGCUCCCACAAAAGCGUGCUUCCCGCCAAAAGUGUGGCUCCCACAAAAGUGUGGUUCCCGCCAAAAGUGUGGCUCCCACAAAAGUGUGGUUCCCGCCAAAAGUGUGGCUCCCACAAAAGUGUGGUUCCCGCCAAAAGUGUGGCUCCCACAAAGUGGUGGUUCCCGCCAAAAGUGUGGCUCCCACAAAAGUGUGGUUCCCGCCAAAACAAAAGUGUGGUUCCAGCCAAAGUCUCCCACAAAAGUGUGGUUCCCGCCAAAAGUGUGGCUCCCACAAAAGUGUGGUUCCCGCCAAAAGUGUGCUCCCACAAAAGUGUGGUUCCCGCCAAAAGUGUGGCUCCCACACAGUGUGGUUCCCGCCAAAAGUGUGCUUCCCACUAAAGUGUGGUUCCCGCCAAAAGUGUGCUCCCACAAAAGCGUGCUUCCCGCCAAAAGUGUGGCCCGCCAAAAGUGUGGCUCCCACAAAAGUGUGGUUUCCGCCAAAAGUUGCUCCCACAAAGUGUGGUUCCCGCCAAAAGUGUGUAAAGUGUGGUUCCCGCCAAAAGUGUGCUCCCACAAAAGCUGGUUCCAAAAGUGUGGCAACUAAAGUGUGGUUCCCGCCAAAAGUGUGGCUCCCGCCAAAAGUGUGGCACCCGCCAAAAGUGUGGCUCCCAAAAAGUGUGGUUCCCGCCAAAAGUGUGGCUCCCACAAAAGUGUGGUUCCCGCCAAAAAGUGUGUGCUCCCACAAAAAGUGUGGUUCCCGCCAAAAGUGUGCUCCCACAAAAGUGUGGUUCCCGCCAAAAGUGUGUCUCCACAAAAGUGUGGUUCCCGCCAAAAGUGUGGCUCCCACAAAAGUGUGGUUCCCGCCAAAAUGUGCUCCCACUAAAGUGUGGUUCCCGCCAAAAGUGUGCUCCGACAAAAGCGUGCUUCCCGCCAAAAGUGUGGCUCCCACAAAAGUGUGGUUCCCGCCAAAAGUGUGGCUCCCACAAAGUGGGUUCCCGCCAAAAAGUGUGGCUCCCACAAAAGUGUGGUUCCGCGCCAAAAGUGUGGCUCCACAAAGUGUGGUUCCCGCCAAAAGUGUGGUUCCCGCCAAAAGUGUGGCUCCCACAAAAGUGUGGUUCCCGCCAAAAGUGUGGCUCCCAAAAAGUGUGGUUCCCGCCAAAAGUGUGCUCCCACAAAAGUGUGGUUCCGCCAAAAGUGUGCUCCCACAAAAGUGUGGUUCCCGCCAAAAGUGUGGCUCCCACAAAAGUGUGGUUCCCGCCAAAAGUGUGCUCCCACAAAAGUGUGGUUCCCGCCAAAAGUGUGGCUCCCACAAAAGUGUGGUUCCCGCCAAAAGUGUGCUCCCACAAAAGCGUGCUUCCCGCCAAAAGUGUGGCUCCCACAAAAGUGUGGUUCCCGCCAAAAGUGUGGCUCCCACAAAAGUGUGGUUCCCGCCAAAAGUGUGGCUCCCACUAAAGUGUGGUUCCCGCCAAAAGUGUGGCUCCCACAAAAGUGUGGUUCCCGCCAAAAGUGUGCUCCCACAAAAGUGUGGUUCCCGCCAAAAGUGUGCUCCCACAAAAGUGUGGUUCCCGCCAAAAGUGUGCUCCCACAAAAGUGUGGUUCCCGCCAAAAGUGUGGCUCCCACAAAAGUGUGGUUCCCGCCAAAAUGUGACUCCCGCCAAAAGUGUGGCUCCCACAAAAGUGUGGUUCCCGCCAAAAGUGUGACUCCCGCCAAAAGUGUGCUCCCACAAAAGUGUGGUUCCCGCCAAAAGUGUGGCUCCCACAAAAGCGUGCUUCCCGGCAAAAGUGUGGCUCCCACAAAAGGGUGGUUCCCCGCCAAAAAGUGUGGCUCCCACAAAAGUGUGGUUCCCGCCAAAAAGUGUGACUCCCGCCAAAAGUGUGACUCCCGCCAAAAGUGUGACUCCCACAAAAGUUGUGGUUCCCGCCAAAAGUGUGGCUCCCACAAAAGUGUGGUUCCCGCCAAAAGUGUGACUCCCGCCAAAAGUGUGGUUCCCGCCAAAAGUGUGGUUCCCGCCAAAAGUGUGGUUCCCACCAAAAGUGUGGUUCCCGCCAAAAGUGUGGUUCCCGCCAAAAGUGUGGUUCCCGCCAAAAGUGUGGUUCCCGCCAAAAGCGUGGUUCCCGCCAAAAGUGUGGCUCCCGCCAAAAGCGUGGUUCCGCCAAAAGCGUGGUUCCCGCCAAAAGCGUGGUUCCCGCCAAAAGCGUGGUUCCCGCCAAAAGCGUGGUUCCCGCCAAAAGCGUGGUUCCCGCCAAAAGCGUGGUUCCCGCCAAAAGCGUGGUUCCGCCAAAAGUGUGGCUCCCGCCAACUAGUGCCUGGGUCAAGAAGGGAUUGGACACCAUAA